CGGCGGCGCAGGAGCAAGGAGGACUGCAGACACGCGAGCGGCACGGCACGGCAGAUUUGGCCUCAAACCACGGGCUGAGCCACCAGAGUCACCGAUUCACGAACCACGACGACCAGGAAGCAGUCGCGUCCUAUCAUCACCACCAUCAACAACAACAUCAACAGCACCAUCAACAUCAACAACACCCUCCUGCCCUGACUCCUCACCUCCGCCGCGAGGAAUCGUGGCAGAAUCACGGAGGUGCGCGCUUCAUUGGCCGGGAGAGGGAGGAGGUCGUGGCCCAGGGGGAGACGCAGAUCCCACGCUCGGAUUCCCUCUACUUCAGCCUGAGGGGCGAGUGGGCGGCUGUGGACGAUCAUCAUCAUCAGCAGCAGCAGCAUCAGCCAACCACGUGCUUCAUUCCCAUGGACGGGGGGCAUUCAUGCCAUCACAGCAGCCCUCCGGCCGUAGCUCGCGGCCGCGACCGGUUGGAGUCCCUCACCAGGCCGGAGCUGCCGCAGCCGUACUUCUCCGCGACGCAAACCUCCGACUCGCCGCUCUGCACGCCGCGCCGCACCACCCACGACGAUGAACCAGCGGCCGGGGCGGCGGCAGCGGCGGCGGCGCCGGACGUGCCGCCUCCCCGGCCCCACGAGCCGGCCGGAGACACCACGCCAGAGACGCCCGCGGCCACCGGGCCGGUCGCACAGCGGCCACCGCCGCCGUGUGGCGCCGGGGAAGAGGCGGUCGCCUGGGCAGGGCGGCCGCCCAGAGUGGCACCACCGAGGUACAUGGACCAGAACAUCUCCGCCACCACCACAGGCCGCUCGCCCGCGAUGGUUUUUCCCCAAGGAAGGCCGCCCGUGGGUUUGUCACAACCUUCUCAGAUCGCAGAUCAUCAUCAACAUCAUCACCAACACAACCAUCUUCUACUCGGUCAUCACGCAGAGGUCACCGUCUCGCAACCUUCACGCUUUCCGCCGAGGGGCCAGGUUACCGCGGCCUGCAGUGGCAGCAGCGCCGGUCACGUUGCUCGUGACCACUCGCGCCAGCUCGGGUUCGCCCGAGGGGCCGGUUCCUCCACCGUGGUGGCGGACCGCUCACGAGCCGCAGAGUCUCCGGCCGCUUGGCCCAACGUCCGCACGCCAACACCGCUUCCCGACGGGCUGAGCGAGCCGCCAGGCCUCGAGUCGCCCCCCUGGCACCCAUGCCCAGAUCCGGAGUCAGGGGCGAGUUGGACGCUAGAUUUGGCGGAGCGGCACCGCUCGGCGUCGGGCGCCGAGUCCGCUCACGCCGGCGGUCGAGAACCCUGGACGGCAAGCGAGAGGUCGACCGAGAGGUCAACUGAAAGGUCGUAUGCUGCUAGAGUUUGCUCCGUGAUGGUGGAACGCUCGGACUCCCCUCUCAGCCUGGUGACCGCCGCGAGUCACUCCAGGCUUGCACACGCCGCCGCUGCUGCCGCCGCCGCCACCGCCACCGCAGAGGAGCAGGAGGGGGAGGAGAAGCGGCGCUCGACUUGUGAAACGGUCAUCAUCUCUAUCGACCCCGAGCCGCUGACGCAGGGGACGAGCGAGGCAUCGCAGCCGCAGCAGCAGCUUGACGACGACGCUGUGAAUUACACCAUGCCCAAGGCAGCGGCAGUAGCAGCAUCAGCAGCAGCAGCAUCAGUAGCAGAGGCGGGGGUGCCAGAGACCGUCGCCCGGCGGGACAAGUCUGAGGGCGCCGUGAAUCUGUCCACCAGCGAGGGCCGACGGAGGGCCUCACCGGCCCUGUCGUUGUCGUCGUCGUCCGGCGGAGGAAUGGAUCUGAGAGCUGCGGCCACGACGAGGCCUGCGAGGCCACCAGGCUUGGCGCUGGACGACGCGUCCGGCAAGCCGAGCCGGGAGCCCCUCGGCAUCGCCGCCGACCCGGCCAUCGUGAACCUCACGACAGGGCCGUCCUCGCUCGCCGGGCCUUGCGGCGAUGACGGCCGCCACCGCCCGGCCGUGCCGCACCUCACGGCGCUCAACCUUGCCCGCGAGUCGACCCGAAUCUCCCGCUCCGACCUCGGCGCCCAAGCGGCGGCGGCGGCGGCCACGGCGGCGGCGACUGCCGCGGCGACGGCGGCUGGGCGCGGGUGCCGCCGCUCGGAGCGCUCGUCGACCUGAGUCGGCCCAGGCCCUGCCAGGCGGUGCCGGCCGUGCGCAGGGACCAGCGGCGGGCGGCGGAGGCGUCGGCUCGGCCCGUCGACCUGACGGCCGCGAAGACCCCGGGCGGCCGGGGUGGGCCCGGCUCCCGCGAGGCCGCCCCCUGCGUCGUCAUUGCGGCGGAGGUGCUGGGGCCUCCGCUGCGGCCGUGCUGUUGGCGGAGCGCCGGAGAUCGGCCGUGGGCCCCGUACGCUCCGGCGGCGGCCCCUGCCGACGUCAAGGCCGUAGAUUUGACGGCGGGCCAGUGGCUGGCAGGUUAGUGGGGUGGUGGCCUCG